CCCUCUGUCUGCGCGGCGCGGGAUCGGGGCCAUGAGCCCCCGGCGGCGCCGGGCCGGGACCGCCGAAGUAGCUGCGAGGGGCGAAGGGGCGGAAGGAAGCGGCCGGCGGGGGCGGUCGAGGGGAUUCCGGGCGGGGGCUGCCGCGGCCCCCGCCGCGGCCUGAGCCCGCACCCCGCGGCGACGGAGCGGUGAGGCUGCCCAGCCGAGGUGGGGGAGAGCCGAGCGCCGGCCCCACCCACGUCCCCACCCAGCCAGGUCUGGGAAGCGGAAGCGGCGGCGGCGGGAGCAGCGGAGCGGCGGCGGAGCUGCAGCGCCGCGCACAAAGCCAGCAGACAUGAGCGAAUCCGUGGUCUGCAGCACGCGAGCAACAGUUAUGCUGUACGACGAUGCCAAUAAAAAAUGGGUCCCGGCAGGGAGCGGUCCCCAGGCCUUCAGCCGCAUCCAGAUCUACCACAGCCCUGCCAACAACACCUUCCGGGUGGUGGGUCGCAAGAUGCAGCUGGACCAGCAGGUGGUCAUCAACAGUCCGAUCGUGAAGGGGCUGAAGUACAACCAGGCCACACCCAACUUCCACCAGUGGCGGGAUGCCCGCCAGGUUUGGGGGCUGAACUUCGGCAGCAAAGAGGAUGCCAGCCAGUUUGCCAGCGGAAUGAUGCACGCCCUGGAGGCCCUGGAUUCCGGAAACUCGGCGCCCCCCCUGCGCCCUGUCCAGAAUGGACCCACUGCAGAUGAAGUCGCAGAGCAGCAGAAAAGGCAGCAACAGCAGCUGGAGAAGGAGCAGGAGCAGGCCGAGCGGGAACGACGGGUGACGAUCGGAGCACCUCUGGUCGCCCCUCAAGGGGGAGGCCCUCCGCCACCCCCAGGACCACCUCCGGCCCCCCCUGGGCCUCCACCAGGACCCCCCGGGCCACUGCCAGGAGCUCUCGCUGGCCCACCCCCUCCUCCUGGCCCACCCCCUCCUCCGGGCCCACCCCCUGGCCCUCCACCCGUAGGAGGGGGGCCACCCCCAGCACCUCCCCUCCCUGCUUCCCUGGGCCCAGGUGGAGGGGCCGGGCCACCCACUGGCUUGGCCGCCGCGCUGGCAGGAGCAAAGCUCAAGAAAACGGGCAGGGAGGAAGGAGCAAAGGCCACACCCGGCGGUGGAGCCCCCCCCAGCAGUUCUGGCGGAGGAGGGCUCAUGGAAGAAAUGAGUGCCAAGUUAGCCAGGCGAAGGAAAGUUGCUGAGCAAAGCGAGAAGUCCAUUCCAAAGAAGGAGGAAGGCCCUACGCACCAAGAGGACGCUGAAGCCACUGGUGCCAAGCCCACAGAUGCCUUCCGGAGGCCUUGGGAGAAGACCAGUACGACAUUGCCCAGGAUGAAAUCUGCCGGAGCGAUGACUGGCGGGGAGCCCGCAGGCAGUACGGGGGAUGAAUCCGAGUUGGAGCGGAUGAAGCAGGAACUCCUGCAGGAGGUUCGGCGUGAGCUACAGAAAGUGAAGGAGGAGAUCGUACAAGCGUUCAUCGCGGAGCUUCAGAAGCGGGGAUCCCCGUAGCCUCCGGACCCUGCCGGUGCUACCAGGAGCCAGCAGUUUAAUUCUCCCUCAUGCGCAGAAGAGAAUAAAAAGGAAAACCACAAAGGCCCAUCACCUUUCCGGUCCCCUCACGCAUCAGACAAGCUCCACGCGCUCCCUUCCCAGUCGACUCCCAGGCCUUUGGUUCCCACCGUGCAAUUUUGGGGUUGGGGGAGGGACAAUCUGUGCUGGCCCCCCACCCCAGGAAGGGCAGGACCCCCACCUGUGCCUUACCCAGAGCAAUAGCAGACCCUCCUUCCUCCACCCUCCCCCACAAGGAAGGAAGCCGGGCUCUUUCCCUGGCGGAAGGGGCUCCUCCUCUCCCUUCCCUGGGCCAGCCCCAGUCCCAGGGAGGGCUAGUCCCUCCCCCCCCCCGCAUUUGUUGGCCCUCCAACAAGAACUGUCCUUGAUUUUCUCCCCUUCCUCCCCCCACCCCCGAGGGGAGUGUGCAGCGCAUCCAGAGGAGGGGGCCAGGAAGCGCCACAGGGAGGUGCCCCGCAUCAGUCAUCCCUCCCCCUCACGGCUGUGCGUGCAGCCGCCGUUGCAAGGGCCAGACCUGGCAUUUGUCCCGGGGUUGGGAUACACCUCCCCCCACACUCCUGGGAGCAUUUCUGAGCACCCUCAAUCUUCCUUCUGCAGAAGAGGCUGCAUGAGCUGAUGGAGCAGAGCAGAGGAAGGGAGAGCGAGGUCCCCAUAUGGCUGCCAACAGGACGGCCUCUUGUCGCGGGCAAGGAAGUGCUUGGCCAGCUCUUGGCCCUGGGUGCUCCUCGCCAGCCCCAGAGUUGUGAGCGCUGCUCCUGUAGAGGGUGCCCCCCCUCCAAAGACGGAGCUGUUCUGGGCAAGUAGGGGGCCCCAUCAGUCCCUCCACACGCUUCCCAAGACCCUUUCCUUAUUUCACGUAUUCUGCUGGUUUCACUUGUUUUUUUGACUUUUGAUUUUAUGCAAGGGGAGAGGGCAGUUUUUAGAAUAUUUUAUGAAAUGCCCCCACCCCUCUGGGUAUUUUUUUUAAACAUGUUUUCACCCUUCUACCUCCUUCAGGCCAUGGAGGGGAAACAGGGCGGGCUCUUGGCUUUUCUACUGAGCUGUAAUUUUUUGACUUUGUUUUUGUCAAGCUGGAUAGAAUAUUAUAUUUUGAUUUUAUUAUUAUUAUUAUUGUUAUUACUGAUCUGCUGGGUAUAUCUGCCCGACUUCUUUCCACCCUUCCACCACACAGCACGCGUUCGCCUGCAGAUGGGCACUAGGAUCUCGGGCACGUCCACCAGACUUCUCUUACGAAUAAAUCCUUUCCUUUUUGUAAAAUCACAAAA